UCACAACUGAUACAUGUCAUGUGAUGCUAAUAUAAUGGCUGGACUACUGGUGUCUUUAUUGGUCUGUGUUUUGUGUAGUUGCUUUGUUGCAACUGCUAAACUGCCUAAUAUUGUGUUUGUGUUGGUUGAUGACUGGGGCUUUGCUGAUGUUGGUUUCAGGAAUCCAGCUAUCUCUUCACCUAACUUUGAUCACUUGGCUAAAACUGGUCUAGUUCUUAAUCGUCAUUAUGUUUUUAAGUAUUGCUCUCCAUCUCGUGCCUCCUUCCUAACUGGACGCUGGCCUCAUCAUGCUCAUCAGUGGAAUUUACCACAAAGUGACAUGGCAGGUACUAAUCUCAACAUGACAAUGAUACCAGCUAAGCUAAAAGCUGCUAAAUAUUCCACUCAUAUGGUAGGGAAGUGGCAUCAAGGAUUUUUUGAUCCUAGAUACCUUCCAAUCAAUAGAGGCUUUGAUACUUCAAGUGGAUUUUUGGGAGGUGGUGAAGAUCAUAUGACACAAGAGGCAGAAUGUGCUAUUGAUUAUUGGAAGAAUGAUGCACCUGAUCCUCGUAAUGGAACAUACGAUGCUUAUAAUUAUGGUGAUGACCUAACUGAUAUUAUGAACAAUCACAAUGUUAAUGACCCACUUUUUAUUUAUCUUCCAUUACACAAUGUUCAUGCUCCUCUCCAAGCUCCAGAUGAAUGGUUAAAUAUCUACUCAGUUAAUUCCACUUGUGAGAACCGCCGAACAUACCAAGCUAUGGUCAGUGUAGCUGAUAAUGUUACUGGAUAUUUAGUGCAACUGUUAAAGAAGAAAGGAAUGUGGGACAAUACUAUAAUUAUUAUUUCUGCUGAUAAUGGUGGUGCUGCUUGUGGUGGUAGUAAUUAUCCUUUGAAAGGAUGCAAAGGAUCAUUCUUUGAAGGAGGUGUUCGUGCCCUUGCUUUUGUUAAUGGUGGUCUCCUACCAGAAUCAAGAAGAGGUGAGUCUACUGAUGGAUUCAUUCACAUUGCUGACUGGUACACUACAUUCUGUAAACUAGCAGGAGUUGAUCCUGAUGAUUCUGGAACAGGAAAGUUUCCAGUUGAUGGUUUAGAUGUAUGGCCUAUCAUAACAGGAGAGAAUGAAAAAACACAGCAUGAAGAGAUAGUGUUGGGAUAUAAUUUUGACAACGUCUAUCCUUCACAAGGAGCUAUUAUAGUGAACAACUAUAAAUUAGUAGUUGGAUUGCAGGGUCAUGGCUGUGACAGCUUGAUGUGGUCAGCUCUUGAUUAUCCUUGUAGCUAUGGUCCUGAAGGUCCUGAUUGUGAUCCUUAUUGUUUGUAUGACAUAGUAAAUGACCCUACUGAGAAGAAAGAUUUAUCAAAAGAAAAUCCAGAUAUGUUAAAGAAAUUAGUUGAAAGAUACAAUUCCUAUUCUAAGGAACCAAGAGACAUGCAAGAUCAAGGCUAUCACAGUGAAGAUGAUAUUCCUAAAGAUCCCAAUGCAUGCAAGUAUAUGGCAGACAAUGGAGGCUACUGGAGACCUUGGAAGAACAUUUAGAUAGUAACUAAUGAGCUACGCUGCUUAGCUGAUAUAUUUUUAAAAUUUUUAUGCUGUGAAUAUGCUCUAAUGUUUCAGUUGUUUCUAAAUAUGGUCAUAAUAAAUCACA